ACUGAAACAAAAAGUCUUAACAGGUAUCACCAGCUUCUCUUUUCUCUGGCAGUUUUGAGUCCAUCAUGCUGAAGUCAGGAGCUCUGGUUCUCUUCCUGGCAGUUGCUGCCAGCCAGUUUCACCAGUACCAGUGUGUGAUGAUUAUUGGUACCGGAAGUGCGGACUUCAGUUCCUGUCCUAUCACGUACUUUGGAUUAAAUCAUACUGUGUUGCAAAUACACUUUGAAGACCCUCUUUUCAAGGUGUGUGCAAAAGACGACAACCCAGACUGCCUGCUUCUGGUGGUUCCAGGAACCGACCGCGCUUCGGUGGAGGUUCUGGGUCAGGGGCCAGGUCUUGGAUCACUCAUCCAAAAAACCUUCCACAACAUCAAGUCUGCUUCACCCUGCACACUUAAAAUCAAACUGCAAGAUUCUGCAGGCAUGACUCAUCUGACAUUUUUAGUCUUCAACUUUGGCAAACAAUCAGUUCUGCAGUUCAAUCCAACCAGACUCUUCACCCUGUCUGACCUUAACGUCACGUUUGUAUUCCAUAGCAAUCCUGCAACAUCAACACUAUAUAAAUUAUCUGACUGGAAGAACGGAGUGCUCAUAGACUCAAGUGGCUGGUCUGGUUAUAGCAGCUGGUAAAUCAAAGCAUGUGAAAUCUUCCUGCUCAUAUGCCGUCUGCAGCCCGACUGCAGAUCUAACUGAGAACAGUUUAUGUAGACCUACUGAAUUCUGCGACGUCAACAUUGGGUGUGUUGCACACUUAUGAGGGAAAAGGAGAGACCAGGAAGAAAUGAGGUCAGGAAAUGGUGAUCGAUCCAGAUGGCAGAAACUUUUAUUUGGUCACAGAUUAUCGGGACUUUUCAAAUGUGCGAAAGUGCUGAACUAACUUCACAUUAAUAGUUGUUUUGGUCAUGCUUUGAUGUGGUGUUUUUCACAUUGAUAUAUUCUUUACUAAUGCAGGAAGAGUCAAAUAAAAUAAUUGAGGUUAAGUUUGAAUAUUUGUAGGAGGGUUGGAGCUUAUGGGAGAAAUUAAAUGGAUGAUGGUGCAAAAGUGAUUUUGAUUGUGUGGAAAAGCUUUCUGAACUUUGUCACUGGCAUUCUUGUAUUUCAUUGCAAAAAUUUAAAAUGGGUUUAAUGUAAUUGAGUAGAUCUGUAAUUUGAAAUGACAAAAAUCUGUAGAGUAUUAUCGAGUAAUGUAGACACAUGUUCGCUUUAUUUUUUUUUCUUCCUUUCUAGAUGUACAAUUGGAUGCCAAAAUAUAAGCCAUAAUUUUCCUAUAUAAA